AUGGGAAUACCUGCAAUCCAGCUUUUUUUAAUUUUCGCACGUCAAAUGGCUAAACCAGUUAGUAACAGAAUUAUGACUUAUGGAAGAAAACAUCCAUUUUUUCGCAAUAAAAUACUUAUUCCGGCUGGGAGAGGUAUAACGAACAUUACAACACGCCUUCGAAUGCGGGAUUUAGGACUUGGAAAACCACAGACUUUAGUGCAAUUAUCUGAUGAAGCAGCGUUAGAGCAGGCCUCAGAUAUUUUGCAAGAAGCAGUUCUCUAUAUUUAUGGAAUUGCAAUAUUUUCUCUGUAUUAUUACAUUUCUAAAGCAAACGAAAAACAUUCUGUUUCACAUGAUGACUUGAAUGAAAUUGUUGAGAAAAUUGAAGAAAGAUUUGAAAUUUUACAAAAAGAAAUUGAUAAUUUAAAGAAAAAUGAGAAGGAUGUUGGUUGGUUUUCUUGGCGUAAUAGUGAUAGGAAAACUUCUUUGCCUCCUCAAAGACCAUUAGAAACGGAAAAUUGA